AUGGUGAUCAUCAUCACGAUUACCAUUGUGGGUAACCUCCUGGUCAUCAUUGCUAUCGCACGCACCUCACAGCUGCAGACUACGACGAAUAUCUUCAUCAUGUCGUUGGCAUGUGCUGACCUCAUUAUGGGAGUGCUGGUGGUGCCACUGGGUGCCACAAUUGUAGUAACUGGGCAAUGGAAACUCAAUAACACUUUCUGUGAGUUAUGGACAUCAGUUGAUGUUUUAUGCGUCACUGCCAGCAUAGAGACUCUAUGCAUCAUUGCAGUGGAUCGGUAUAUUGCGAUCACACGGCCACUGCGGCAUAAAGUGCUUCUGAAUAAGUGCAGAGCUCGAAUUAUUGUUUGCAUUGUGUGGAUAGUAUCGGCUUGCAUCUCCUUUAUCCCCAUAAUGUACGGUUUUUGGCGUAGAGACCCUAAUGAUGAUGUAGCAACUGCAUGUUAUAGUGAUACAAACUGCUGUGAUUUCAUAACAAACAUGACCUAUGCCAUCAUUUCAUCAGUGGUUUCAUUCUACAUCCCACUCUUCAUCAUGAUUUUUGUAUAUGCACGUGUGUUUCUCAUUGCCACACGACAGGUUCAGUUAAUUGACAAGAACCGUCUGAGGUUCCAAAACGAGUACAUGGGAAAUCAGGUACAGCCACCGACCAUUGGCAACAAUAACUUGCCAUCUAUGUGUAAUAACGUCGGAGGGAUGACAGCAAAGAGGAAGAGUUCUCGAAGGCGACCUUCCAGAUUAACUGUAAUCAAGGAGCACAAGGCCCUCAAGACACUGGGCAUCAUCAUGGGCGUCUUUACGCUGUGCUGGCUGCCUUUCUUUGUGGCGAACAUCAUCUACGCGUUUGUACCACAAGACAAGUACUUUUUCCGUCUCUUAAACUGGUUAGGCUAUAUCAAUUCCGGACUCAACCCUAUCAUCUACUGCCGAAGCCCAGAGUUUCGUACAGCCUUCAAAAACCUUCUUGCCUGUCCAUGGAUUCCCUCGAUAAAAAUGAACUUCCUUUACAAGGAGUUUCAGAUUCGCUGUCCCUGCUUCCUAGGGUCUGCAGAACCGGGAAUGUCAGGAUCCUUUCAGAAGCCCCCCACAUCUCCAGAUGCACUGCCUGAAGACGGGAGCAGCCAGAGCAGCUACAGGAGUGAGGAGCCAUCACCUGGACCACCACACUCCAACGGCAGCACCUUCUUCAGUGAAAUCUCUGAACCUGAGACAGAAUUCUCUAAUCUUCAGGAGCAGGAUGGCUGAGAGUGCCAAGCAUGGCUGAAAGAAAAAGACACUAAGGGAAGAAACAGGGAAAAGAACUGACCUACGUCACAGUUGGCUGGACUUCCUCGGCAGAGACCACAAGGGCCCAGCAAAACAUCUAUAAAGCCAUCAGGGGAGCCAGCUCCAAAAAUGUAACACAGAAGAGUGAAAAGAUAUGACCAUAGAGAGACAAACACUGAGAGAAUGAAAUCAAACAACACAAGAGAACGACAGAACGAGUACUGCUCAUGAAGGAGUAUAAGAUGGAGAACUGCAUAGCGAACUGGAACGAUCGCCUUCAGCCCAGUUUGGUCCAGUUUGUUUGGCAGAAAACAAAUUAGACCUGUAGGUCCUCCAACAUGUGUUUUCAGUGCUAUGUUCUGAGUAUGGACUUCUUCAAAUGUCAAGUGGACACAGUUGCUCUGUAAAGACUUUCCAUGCACAUUCUGUGUCUGUGUGUGUGUGUGUGUUUUCAUAAAAAGUAUAGAUUUUGUACAAUUUCAUGUGCUAAAUUAUUAUUAUUUAUUUUACUCCCAAUAUUUUAGCUGUGAAUUUAUCAAAUGCUUGCCACAUCGUUAUGUUUGAGUUGUACAUGUUAACACUUCAGUAGUCCACUGAAUUUUCCAGUCCAGCCACCUCAGUAUAAGCUACUAGAUUUCCCACUUUAAAAAAAUUAUAAGAAACUCUAAAGAAUAUUUUAUAGCAUUAUGAAAGUUUUAAUAACUUGAAUUGGAACCCUCUAAUUUGGUUGCUGUGUAAAUAAAGGGACAUUUAUAUGACAC